UUCUGAAGUUUGAACACGUUCAACUGGAUCAAAGUUUGAAGGAUAAUAUUUUGAUUUCACAAAAUCCGAAGAAAUUCUAGAAGCAAAGUGAGAUUGAUGCUCAAAAACCACACAAUACAGUCGUUCCGAUAGUCGAAAAGGGACAAGUUGAGUAUUUGAAUCAAGUGACGGCGAGUAGAAAAGACCUCAAACCGAUCGAUACACCACUCGUGACGAGAUUGAAGAACUUGAGCAUGGGAAAAGUUGGUUAGCCGCAACAGAAAAAUAUAGCGAGACUUUUGAUUCAAGGGCUUCACAGCAAAGAUGCAAACAUCCUAAGAACAGUUUUCCAAACAUCCGAUGUCGAAGGCAUCCGCGCAACUUUAUCAAAGCUCCUGCCGCAAUACAUCAAACCUCUUGUUCAUGAACUUUCGUUACUCAUGCAGAUGAAAACUAUGCAGUAUGUUCUAAAAAGUGUACAAAGCUCCGUUAUUUGGCUCAAAACUCUCAUUCAAACGCAAGUGGCAUUAGGAAGCGAUAAUUUAAAGGAUAUUUUCGGUACUUGUCUCGGAAUCAUCGAUCACCGGCUAUUUGAAUUGCCCGCAUUUAUGAUGCUGAACGGAAGAAUGGACUUGAUAGCGACGCAAUUGACGAACAAGAGCAACAAAGACAUGGACAACGAGAUAGAUUUGUCACAAAUGUUAAUUUUUGAAGACAAGAGUGACGAUGGAGAAAAUUUGCAUUUAAGCGAAGAAUCCGACGAUGAAAACUUGAAUUGGGACGACGAUUCGGAAGAAGAAGAUGUCGCAAAUGAAGAAAUAGGAGACGAAGACUAUUAAAAUGUUCGAGUCUUGAAAGAUAGCA